UCUUCCCUGCUGGGAACAACCUGGCCUCUCCUUGGUGGCAGCCGCUGCCUCUGCAAACCUGCUUGUGCAAUGGGUGGGUUGUGAGCGCUGGUAAGACUUGUGAGCCUGGCGGCCUUUGAACUGCCUUCUGAUCCCUUCUUGCUUUGAUCUCCAUGUGGUCUCCUGUUCUGUCUCUGGGGUUUCUGCUGUCAGGUAAUGAGGAGCUGUGGGUCCCAUCAGCCUUGGAGAUGCCGAAGCGACGAGACAUCUUGGCGAUUGUGCUGAUUGUGCUUCCUUGGACGCUGCUUAUCACCGUCUGGCAUCAGAGCGCCAUUGCUCCCCUGCUCGCAGUGCAUAAGGAGGAUGGUGGGGACACUCGUCGCGACUUCUCUCAAGGAUCGGACUCUAAGGAGUAUUGCUUAUCUGACCGCGACAUUGUGGAGGUGGUUAGGACAGAAUACGUCUACACCCGCCCACCUCCUUGGUCGGACGCCUUGCCCACUAUCCACGUGGUCACUCCUACUUACAGCCGGCCGGUCCAAAAGGCGGAGUUGACACGGUUGUCCAAUACUUUUUUGCACGUCCCAAACUUGCACUGGAUCUUGGUGGAAGACUCCCAACGUCGGACUGCUCUGGUCACUCGGCUUUUGCGAGACACCGGGCUGAACUACACCCACCUCAACGUGGAGACCCCACGCAACUACAAGCUGAGAGGGGACAUGCGGGACCCCCGGAUUCCUCGGGGAACCAUGCAAAGGAACCUGGCCUUACGGUGGCUGAGGGAGACAUUUAAUAGAAACAACAGCCAACCGGGGGUUGUCUAUUUUGCGGAUGAUGAUAAUACCUAUAGCCUGGAACUUUUUGAGGAGAUGCGGACCACCCGCAGGGUCUCCGUCUGGCCGGUGGCCUUUGUGGGAGGCUUGCGGUACGAGUCCCCCAAAGUCAACGCUGCUGGGAAGGUGUAUGGAUGGAAAACCGUCUUCGACCCCCACCGGCCGUUUGCAAUCGACAUGGCAGGCUUUGCUGUCAACCUCAGGCUAAUCCUUCAGCGACCUCAGGCUUAUUUCAAACUGCGCGGGGUCAAAGGGGGCUAUCAGGAGAGCAGCCUGCUCCGGGAGCUGGUGACCUUGAAUGACCUCGAGCCCAAAGCUGCCAAUUGCACUAAGAUUCUCGUCUGGCACACAAGAACCGAGAAACCCGUGUUGGUGAACGAGGGAAAGAAAGGCUUCACAGAUCCCAACGUGGAAAUCUGACCUCGGGCUGCAAAGGGAAGACGCCAGCAGUUCAUUCCUACUCCAGGCACCAAACACCCCCGAAUUCCAGACUCAAACUAAGACCUUGGUCAACCAGAGGAAAACCACCGAGUGGAGUUGCUCCAUAAACCAGAGACCAGCUUCGGUUCUUGAGCAGAGGAAGAAAAAAAAAAAAGAGAUCAAUAAAUUAAUAAAUCAGUAUUUAAAAAAACAACAACAGCUCGCUUAUGCCUGACCUCCUGGAAACGAUCCAAUAAAGUAAAAUGAAACAACAGCA